AUGGGUUGGGCUCGUUUUGAAAGACAGUGCCGCUUUUCUUUCUCGUGAGACUUGACAACACAGAUCCUCAAGAGAAAGCUACAGUACAUCCAAAUAAAACGUAACGCAAGGCGAGAUAGAAAUUGGCUGGGUUACAGAAUGGCUAAAGGACAAGGUGUGAACCAGGAACUGUCUGCGAUCCUGAACCAGCUAUGGGCAGCUGAUGAGAAUCGCCUGAAGCCUGGGAAAGAUUACACAAUCCGCCUGCAGGGGAAAGCGGGGUAUGUUGCUCCAGGCAGUAACAAUGCCAGAGACAGAGCUUCAUUGCCUCUGUUCACCUACGUGAAUGAGGAGCGGCUGAAAAGCAUAAAGACUUAUGAAACGUUUAUAUCCCUGCUGGACAACUAUGAGAUGUCAACUGGGGUUUCGGAGACUGUAACACCUGAAGAAGUCGCCGAGAACAACCGCUUUCUUGAUGCUGUUUUAGGGACUAAAGUUAUGAAGCUUGCUCACCAGUAUCUGGUUGGUAAAAAACAGGCCAGGCCAGACCCCAAGGAAUUUAAGACCCAGCUGUAUGACAUCUGGUUUCAGCUUUACAACAGGGACAGAAGCAGCGGAGCGGACUCCUGUGGAUUUGAGCAUGUUUUUGUUGGAGAGACCAAAUAUGGCAAAGAAAUCAUGGGGCUCCAUAAUUGGAUUCAGUUCUACCUGCAGGAAAAACAUAACCAUGUUGAUUACAAAGGUUAUAAGGCAAGAGACAACAAAGACACGCCCGAUGAAGACGAUCAUGUUUUAAGCCUUCAGUUCAGCUGGAAGGGAUUGGUGAAGCCAGUCGGCAGCAGUUUCAUCGGGGUGAGCCCCGAGUUUGAGUUUGCAGUCUACACCAUUGUUUUCAUGAUGUCCCAGGAUAAAGUCACCAGUGCAAUCGUGAGAGUGGAUGAGUAUCAGCUGGAGGUGGUUGUGUGCCGUCAUGGGAGGUGCAUUGGAACGUCCUAUCCAAAACUUCUGAGCAGCAACAACAGGCAGUGAAAUGAAGAACACUGCAGAUGGUAUAGAAGAUUAAUAAACCUAUAGUGGUAUAGAAGAUUAAUAAACCUAUAGUGGCAUGUGUAAAUGUUGUUAUUUUUUAAAAUAUAAGUUCUAUAUGUUUUAAACUGUUUGCAAACAAAGUGUAUUCAGAAGUACAUGUCUGGGUCAUUCAUUUCAAUAAAUGAAGUAUGCUUUAAAGUGUUA